AUGGCUGGAGGUGGAGCUAUAGAAGCUGUUCGAGAAAGGGUGGCACGGUUAGAAUCUAUCAUUGGCCCAGUUGAUGCUGAUGGGGUAGAGAGCAUUUCUACUCGGAUGGAUGACCUUCAUGAGUCUGUUCAGCGUCUUGAGACCAUGCUCAACGAGUUCUCUGAGGAGAUGAGAGCAAGGGUGAGUUUGCUAGAGGCAGACGUGACGUUGGUGAAGCGGACAGUUGCGGAGAUCCCAGGUGAGACGGUCUCUAAUGGGAAGAUGAAGGUGCCGGAACCUAAGGCAUUCAAUGGUGCCCGAAGUGCUAAGGAAUUAGAGAAUUUCCUUUGGGACAUGGAACAGUAUUUUGCUGCUGCUAGGAUCCCUGAUGUGGAGCAAGUUACAUUCACCAGCAUGUACUUGUCAGGGGAUGCCAAGUUGUGGUGGCGAACCCGUAUGUCUGAUGAUGCCAGUGCUGGCAGGCCGAGGAUUGACUCGUGGGAGAGAUUAAAGAAGGAAAUGAAGGAUCAGUUCCUACCUUGCAAUGCCUCUUGGGUUGCAAGGGAUUCUUUAAAGCGGCUGAAACAAUCGGGUACGGUAAGGGAUUAUGUCAAGGAAUUUAGUUCUUUGAUGCUGGAUAUCCAAAAUAUGUCCGAGGAGGACAAACUAUUCAAUUUUAUGUCUGGUCUUCAACCAUGGGCACAAAUGGAGCUGAGAAGGCAAAACGUGAAGGAUUUGCCUAGUGCCUUUGCUGCUGCUGAUGGCUUGGUGGAUUUCAAGCUCAACAAAGAUGCUGGCCCGAGUAAGGGAAAGGGCAAAGGGUUGGAGAAGAAAAGCGGCAAGAAGAAAAGUGGUGACAAAGGGAAGGCUGAUGGUCAGAGUUCGGGGAGCAAGUUCUUGAAGGGAAGCCAGGGGUGUUUCCUAUGCAAUGGACCCCAUCGUGCAAGGGAUUGCCCGAAGAGGGAGAAGCUGACUGCUCUUGUGGCUGAAGAUGACCAUGUUCCUGUAGUUGCUGACUCUGGGAAUUCUGCUGUCAUGAAUCCAAUGCAUUUGGUGAAUGCUAUUUCAGGGGUGAGUCCUUUGAAAGGAUUGCUGUAUGUGAAUAUAAGAUUGAAUAGUGCGGAAGUGUUAGCGAUGGCUGAUACUGGUGCCUCGCAUAACUUCUUGGCUGAGAGGAUGGCCAAAACUUUGGGUUUGGAAGUGACCAAGAGCUCCAACCGCAUGAAGGCAGUAAAUUCGGCAGCUAGAGAUGUGAUUGGCAUGGCUGCCAAUGUUGUGUGUACUGUUGGGGAUUGGGCUGGAUAUGUGAAUUUCUUGGUUGUUCCUUUAGAUGAUUUUGAUCUGAUUUUGGGGAAUGAUUUCUUUAUGCGGGCUAAAGUUGCUGUUGUUCCUCAUUUAAGUGGGUUGUUCAUUUUAGAUGAAUUGCGAACCUGUUUUGUCCAAGGGAAAUUUGUUCCUAAGGAUGAAUGUGAUGAUGUUGGCAAGGUGAAUGGUGUGCUGAGUGCUACACAGGUUGAGAAUGGGUUAAGGAGAGGUGAGGAGACCUUCCUUGCUGCCUUGCUAGAUGUCAAGCCCGACAGGAUUGUGGAAGUCCCGGAUCAAGUUGCUGAGUUGCUGAGGCAAUUUGCAGAUGUGAUGCCUUCUGAGUUGCCAAAGGAGUUGCCUCCUAGAAGAGCAAUUGAUCACAAGAUUGAAUUGGUGCCAGGAUCUCAACCUCCUGCACAUGCUCCUUAUCGGAUGUCUCCUCUUGAGCUUGCUGAACUGAGGAAGCAGUUGAAUGAGUUGCUGGAUGCAGGGUACAUUCAACCUUCAAAAGCUCCCUAUGGUGCGCCGGUUUUGUUCCAGAAAAAGCAAGAUGGUACUUUGCGGAUGUGUGUAGAUUAUCGUGCUUUGAACAAAGUGACGAUAAAGAACAAAUAUCCUGUGCCUCUUAUCCAUGAUCUGAUGGGCAGAUUGAGUGGAGCUUGCUGGUUUACAAAGCUGGACCUAUGGGCUGGGAAUUGGCAGGUUUGGAUUGCUGAGGGAGACAAAGCGGAGACUAUGGGUGUCAAUCGCUGUGGAGUCUAUGAAUUCUGA